UGACCUGUUACUCUCCUUAUAUUACAUUACUAAGCCAUGUUACCUGACCUGUUACUCUCCUUAUAUUACAUUACUAAGCCAUGUUACCUGACCUGUUACUCUCCUUAUAUUACAUUACUAAGCCAUGUUACCUGACCUGUUACUCUCCUUAUAUUACAUUACUAAGCCAUGUUACCAUGCCGAUGUUUGCUGUCCUGUGUGCAGACGCUGCGUAAAAAGGGUUUAAACGGCUGCGACAGCCCCGACAUCGAGGCCGAAGACUCUGCCGGCCAGAGCCCCGAGUCAGACGACAAAUACCGAAAAAUCAACGAAGACAUCGACCUCAUGCUCAACAGACAGAGAAUCUGCCAGGGCCUGCUUCCCUCCAGCUACGAUAUGGGGGUCUCCAUGCCCAGCAGUAACCCCAGCGGCCUGCUGUACUCACACCCCGGUGUAAACUGUGGUUUAGGGAACCACAACCUGCUGCCCGUCUCUCACUCACACCCCUCCCUGCAGAGAAACAGCAUGUCCCCCCAGAGGCCGUCCAGCACCGGAAACGCAGGUCUGAUGGGUUCAGAGCUGACGAGCACCGUGGUCUCCAACGUGGGAAACGGCAGCUACGGUAACCACUGCACAUCCCCUGGGCUGCUGUCUCCAGCAGGCGUCUCCAAGAACAUGCACGAAAAAAGUCCUCCUCCAAUGAGCAUGAGCCGUAAGCCCGACCUGCGGACGCUGAUGCCCCCGGGCUCCAACAAGUGCAACAACAUGCCCACCAUCUGUGAGGACUUUGAUCUGAUGUUGAACCAGAGAAUAAAUCACUCCCAGACUGCCCAGACGCUGUCCACUCCGGCCGUGUCCAUCACUGCUCAGACUCUCCCUGGACAGUUGAUGGGCGGGUAUCCGUCCACGCUCUCCUCUUCUUACGGCACAGAGUUCUCCCUCAGCAGUGACCUCUCCUCUCUGUCUGGUUUCGGAGGUUCUGGUCUUGGAUCGGUCACAUGCUGGCAGCAACAGCAGAUCCAGAACCUGCAGCACUCAGCGCUCGGACACAUGGGGAACUUGUGUCAGAACUCGAACCUGAACGUCUCGUCCGGUCACGCCAACCUCAACAUCAAGUCGGAGCCGGCCUCCCCUCCCCGAGACCGCCACCUCGCCAUGAUGGGCGCCAUGACGACGGCCGGUUACCCCAGCGUCGUCGGCCGGGGCCCCAACGAGGCGGGCCGUUCCCCCGGCGACAGCGCGUCCAGCUGCGGGAGCUCGUACGAAGGCAGCGAGGAACGCGAGGAUCACCACGGCAACUACCUUCUCCAGCCUCUGUCCAAUCAGGAGGAGCGCCACAGCCCAACGGUGAAACGCAUGAGGCUAUCGGAGGGCUGGGCCACAUGAUGGGAGCAGGAGGGCUGUUAGUAACCUUACCUUAGAGUAUUAUUAUUAUUAUCAUCAUCAUAUUCUUCUUGUACCGAGUGUGGGUGUGCUUCUGUGUAACGUAACAUGUACGUGAGGGAGGGGAGAAUCAGAAAUUAAUACAGUGAUGGCGUUCUGCUGUAUUUACAACAUGUACUGUAGCUAGACGUGUACACCAGAGGAAAUACUUCUGGUACAAGUAUUUAUCAAACUGCUAAAAAAAAUAUAAAAAAAUAAGAAGAAAAGUACUCUUCAGAGUGACAAAGUUCUGAAGUUCACUGAAGAAUUAAACAUUUCUUUGUCAAUAUUACAUUGACGUACAACAAUAUUAAAUCACCUCCGAGCCGGCAGAGCCAAUCAGAGACGAGGAUUUUUUUGACAUCUGCCACUUUACUCUGUUGUAAUGUUUUUGGGGCGCUUUGUACGAUGUUUUUGUCACUUUUCCAGACAAUUUUGACGCUUUUUUUCCAACUUUUUUGGCUCUUUUUUUUCAACGGAUUUGUAGCUGGCUGAGGAACUUUUUGGGGGGGGGGCUUUAUGAGGCCCAAAAUGUAAGUGAGGACACUACAGUAUAUGAGACAUGCAAUAAUACAGUCAAAAUAUUUGACUUUUUCCUCUUAAAUAAACCCGUCAAUAAUCUCUACAUGUCUGGCCUACAUGUGAUUCUCCUUUUUCCAGUGUGGCCCUCUGGGAAACUGAGUUUGACACCUCUGCAUUAAGUGGAACCGAAAUGAGAAACCGAAAUUUGCGUUCUAAUUCGGUCCGAUUCCUAGCGGUUGCGUAGUGGAACCAGACUUCGGUACCCAACGCUAGUUAAAACUGCUUCUGAUAAGUUAUUACUCAUCAUAUCAAAUUAUAUUUUGUCCCUGAAGUAUUUUUUUGAUGAAAUACAUCCUGAAAAAAAGUAAAAGUAAAGUGAAGGAUUUGUACUUUUAGCAGUUUGAUAAAUGGGCGUCCAGGACGCGGUCUGAGACGAACACGUACUGUACUACGUGUUCGUACUAAAAGCGCAGUUUGUCGUGUACAUGUAUUGCUUGAUUUGUGUGUGUGUGUGUGUGUGUGUUUGGG